UUUUCAAAGGGACGCUCGACGGCAGGAAACGAUCCUGCGCAGCCGGCUGCCCUUCCGGGCUGACUUCGGGAGCGGAGCGAAGGUUGCCUCAGAGCCGGUGAGGCCGCGGCGGAUCAUGCUGGCUCUGCCCGCAGGGCUCCGGCUCCUGACUCGCCUCGCGUGGCCGGGGAGACCGCGAGCGGCGGCGGCGGCCUCAGAAGGAGCGGGGUUCCAGCGGGCCUUCUGCGCAGCCCCGGCGGAGGACGAAGGCAGGCCCGCCGGCCAAGGGCAGCGCCCGCCGCCGGACCGCCGGCCUCCCUUCGACCUCAGCCUCCUGGACAUUCUCGUGUGUCCUUUGUCCAAGAAGCCUCUCAGGUAUGAAGAAUCAACAAAUGAAUUGAUUAACGAAGAGCUGGGCAUUGCCUAUCCCAUCACUGACGGCAUGCCUAAUAUGAUUCCCCAGUCUGCUAGGAUGAUUGCCAAGGAGAAGCAAGAGAAGGAACCUGAACAGACCUAGAUGAGUUUCCUAUUAAAGAAGAA